GACCAUUCAUUAGGACAAAGAGAGAAAUCUGAGCUCUUGAAAGAGGAAAUUCACCAAUCAGGAAGCUUUAGGACUGAGCGGACAUCCGAAAGCCAGAGAAGUAGCUCCUAUCCAAAUCAACAGUAAAGAAAACAGCUGCUCCGAUUCUGCUCCACACAGCCCCAAUGAGCGCGAACGGUUAACGCAUGGAUUGUAACAUGGAUGGAUAUUUAGAUCAGCAAGUGCCUUACACUUUAGCUAAUAGGUCGCAAGGAAAUGGGCCCCUAAAUAGACUGUUGGUGGCAGCAAAAAGGAAAUACAUGGCCACCGAAUUACCCCCUCAGGAAUCUGAAGAUCUCUUUCAAGAUUUAAGUCAGCUUCAGGAGACAUGGCUUACAGAAGCUCAAGUACCUGACAGUGAUGAGCAGUUUGUUCCUGACUUCAUCUCAGAAAACUCUGUGGCAUUUCACAGCCCUCCAGUGAAGAUUAAGAAGGAGCCUCAGAGCCCAGGCUCAGACCCCAGCCAGUCCUGCAGUCACAAGCAGAGCUUCAGCUAUCCCAGUGGAGAGCAGUGCCUUUACGCCAGUGCCUAUGAACAGAAGAGAACAGCAACAUCAUCAGCAGCGGGACACAAGACCUCCUGCCCUGGGACCCCCAUGUCCCCCAUGCAGCAUUACUCCCCAAAACCACUGGUGGGCACCCAUCCUGAAACGGGGUACAUGAACUCUCCUUCUGCCAGUCAGUCACACCCCAGCCAUGGCCAGACUUACCCCAUGACUCCCAGCUCCAGGUUCUUAACAGGCUCAGGAGAGAUGUGUGCCCCGUUUGGACCUCCAGGUCAAACUCUGCAGCGUAUGCCCUCGACCCCUGCAGGAGGUGCAGGCACUGGGAGUAGCAGCGUGUACCACCGACAGCACUCAGACCCCUGCAUGCCCUACCUCCAGCAGAGCUUCAAGCAGGAAUUAUUGGACCCGUUGUAUGAGCGAGCAGCCCACAUGGGCACAGUGCCCCCUCAGAGGUUCCCUCCAGCCCAUAUGAUGGUCAAGCAGGAACCUACUGACUACACUUAUGAGCCUGAUGUGCCUGGUUGCACUUCUAUGUAUCACCACAAUGAAGGCUACCCCAAUACCCAGCACAACAAUGAAGGCUACAUGUUUGAAAAUGAUGCCCGCGUUGUUCCAGAGAAAUUUGAAGGUGAGGUGAAACAGGAGGGGAGCAGUGUGUUCCGUGACGGUGCCCCCUAUCAGCGACGUGGCUCUUUGCAGCUCUGGCAGUUUCUGGUAGCUCUCUUGGAUGAUCCUGGCAAUGCACACUUUAUUGCCUGGACCGGUCGUGGCAUGGAGUUUAAACUCAUUGAGCCAGAAGAGGUCGCCAGGCUGUGGGGGAUGCAGAAGAAUCGUCCAGCCAUGAAUUAUGACAAAUUGAGCCGCUCCCUGCGCUACUACUAUGAGAAAGGAAUUAUGCAAAAGGUGGCGGGCGAGCGCUAUGUUUACAAAUUCGUAUGUGAGCCAGAGGCUCUGAUCUCCUUGGCAUUCCCUGACAAUCAGCGGCCUACUGUGAAGGCUGAGUUUGAGCGAUAUGUCAAUGAGGAAGACACGGUGCCACUGUCUCAUUUGGACGAAGGAGUAUCUUACCCCUCCGAACCCGCUGCCACCAACUUGGGCCCUCAGCCCUAUUCCAAAGGCUACAUGUACUAAUGCCAUCUACAGCCCCAAUAUUCCCCUCAUGCACCUAUUGCACAUGUCAACCCCAUCCACUUGUAUAUAUAAGGCUAUGGUGUUUUUUCUUGGUUUGUUUAAAUUAAUAUCAUUAGGGACAUCCUCACAGCUUUGCAGCCUAUUCAAUACAAACACGUGCCUGUGGUUCAGCAAAGUGCUUAAUAAAAAGACCCAGAUAUUAUUCCUACAAUACCCUGAGAACAGACUGUUUUCCCAAUUUGGUAUUGAACAUUAGCUUAAUGAUAUGGGUGUUCAGGAUACAAAGGUGAGGAGAUUAUGUUUAGGUGAGGUGAGGAGAUUUAGUUAUGCAACCUGCUGGAAAAAACAGUGAUCAAUUAGUCACAAAGGGCUCUUUUAUGAACAAACAUCAUAUGUAAACAAGCCAUAUUGCAAAUCCUCUAAUAUAUCAGCACACAAAAAGUGUGAGCAGCAUCAAUGUCACUAAAUGUCACUUUCACACAAAUAUUUCCCAGUGUUCUUGAAGUCUUCUUUGAUAUAGACAACUAAACCCUGAAUUGCCUUCCAGGAUGUAAAUAUUCCUGUCACAUGACUACUCAUUCAGCGAAGAGCCAGGUGACCUUCGACUAAUGAUAUGAAUGCUGUGCUGGUCCUGGAGGGCAUUUCUCUAAGCAGUAACAUUAUAAUCCAAAUAACCUGAGUAAAACUAUAAAUAAAUACUACAAUUAUGUUUAUCAAA